AUGGUACACGCACGGAGCAAAACUACGCAUUAGAGCUACUAUAUGGCAUUAGUGUAAUACGAGCGCAAAAAGCAGUUGAGACGUGAUACGAAGUGAAUCCAACUUGUUCGUAAAAAUCGUGAAACGUGUUGUAUCGCAAGUUACUGCCUUACUAUAUAUAUAUAAUAUAUAUAUGUAUAAUACAUAUUUAUAAUGCAGUGUGCAUGUACGCGUGAUGCGCGCGCACACGCGUGUUGGUUUAAAUUUCAUUCGUCAAUUUCGCACACCACGCGACCUCGUGAAGUCCGCCAUUUUCAGGAACAACUGUGCUCUCGCAAGCGCACACAGAGUUCGUGCAGUUUGUACGGUGUUGAGACAAGUUUGUAUUUGACGAGAUUCAAUAAAUUUCGUGUUUUUUUUUUUUUUGUCAAGAAGGAAGUUUGCAUGCUUUUUAACUGAAAGGUUAGUUGGACGAUCACAUCGGGGAAGUGUAUGAUUCGUCGCGGAGAGUCACGGACUCGUCGUGAACACGAGUGACUCGUCGUCACGAGAAUUCCUUAGACGAAAGACACAUGUGAAAACCCAGAAAGUGAUCAUUGCUUUUAUUCUCUACAUUUCUCAAAAUCCACUUGUCAUCGUGAUGUAAACCUUUGUACUCCAUGUUGAAUUAGACUAUGACAAUGAUGGAUUCCGAUUCUGCGAGCCAGGACAGCGACGAAGGACGUCGGUUUCGUUUUGAGGCCACGCGUAAAGACGCGUUUGCACCCAAAAAAGAAACUACAAACGAAAGAGAAACGUCGAGGAAUUUUAGAAGCAAAUUGUCUCACGAGAGCGAUAGACACUAUCGGGACAGAAGAGAACGAUCGAAACACGAAAGUGACAAGAGAACAAACGACAAGGAUUUCAGACAGUCAUCUUCAAAAUAUUCGAGGCAUUCGAGGCAAGAAUACAAUAAAAAUUCGUACAAGGAUCAUCUAAGUAGCAGAGAUACAUCCGUUGGAUCCACCCAAACUGAUAGAGACUCCAGGAAUUCCUGCGGGGGUGACACAAGAGAAAGAUCGCGAAAUUCGAAACGUCACUCGGACAAAGAUCGGAGCGCCUAUUCGGCACGACAUUCGAAAGAACGUUCGUACGACAGGAAUUAUCACGACGGGCGGACAUCGAGCGAUAAGCACAGAAAUCGCGAUUACGAGCGAUACAAACAUCGUUCACGAGACAGAAGUCAGAACAGAGUUCAUCAAUCGAACAAAGUUAAAUCUUCGAGUGAUGAUUAUCGAGACGGUCAUGGAAAACGUGAUUCCUUCCAGAAGAGAACAUCGUCGAAAGAAAACAAGCUGCAGAAUUCGAAAGAACACCUCUCACCCUCGUCCAAGAACGUCAAAGAAGCUUACAACAAGAACACCAAAAACGAUACUGUGGACAGUCAUGAAUGUAAGGAUCUGGAUUUAUCGCAGUUUGAUGUCUUGUCGGAAAUCGACGAGAAUAUGUCCGACAGUCGGGAUUCCGAGAGUCGAACGUCAUCGUCUCCUCAUUUGCGUAAGAGGGAAAGACACGAGUCUAAUGAUCGAGCCGAAAGUUGUGUAAUAAAGAAGCGGACGAAAGAAAUUGGCGACGGAGCGAGCGAGAGAGAACGACCGGAGGAAUCAUGCAAGGUAAAACAAAGGAAGUACGACCAAGUGUCUACUUCUAGUAAUAAUCCUAGUGCGAUUUCAGAUUCCUCACGCGCCUUUGCACCGUCCGCGACGCUCUCGAUAACGAGAGAAUUUCUUGCAGAUUUUGAGAGAGAAAAGUCUGAACAGGCAGAGAAGAAAAUGAUUAGUCACGAUGAUGUCAACGAACGUCUUAAUUCCUCCGAUGAGACGAAACUAUUAGGAAGAUGCAUCGGACAAACCAGGUCCACAUACGGUCCGCUUUUACCACCCGGACUCGUGUCUAGUGAUAACAAGCUUGAGACGAAUACUCUCAGUGAAAAUAAGAUUAACGACAACGUCAAUAGUAACAGCACGAGUUUUAUCGGACCUUGUUUACCAUCUCUGUCGAACAAUUGUCAAAACAAAGAGCGAGAAGAUGCUGUUACAUCCAACAUGUCGGAAUCGGAUGCUGUCUUCGGGCCAGCGCUGCCGCCGCAUUUGUUACAACGACAACGUGACAAAUCACGGGAUAAAUUCAUCGGACCUAUACUAUCUAACGUUGAAAAAUUACAGAAAGAAAGUUUAGUCGCUUCUUGGGAAUCCGAUGACGACAGUGCCAUAGGCCCCUUGCCCGCGGAUCAUCCAGCACUGAGAAACAGUCAGGUGCACGAACAAUUGGAUUUGAGGGCGGAAACAAUCAGACGGAAAGGAUAUCAGGAGGCAGAAGUUAUAAACAAGCGCGAAGAAUGGAUGACCGAAUUACCACCAGCUCAACAUCCUGCUAAUCUUGUAUUGGCGCGCAAGUUCAGGACACGAGACGGCCCCGAUAUGUCGGAUAGAUCGUCUUGGACUGAUACCCCCACCCAAAAAGCUCAAAAAAAGAAUGACUCGGAAUACAAAAAACUUAGCAACAUACAAAAUGUAGAUGAAAAACAUGUGGACGAAUCACACAAGCAUAAAUCAGACGAAAGUGAGAAGCGUGGAAAAUCGUUACUGGAGAUACAUCAGAGCACAAUGAGAGAAAAAAAGAGGAAAAAAGAAAAAGCCGCGAAACAACUUGGUAUAUCAACAAGAAGACCGUUUGAUAGAGACAUCGAUUUGCAAGCUAAUCGACUUAAUCAGACGCAGAAGAGAUCCAUCCUCAUGAAAGCACAGUCAAUGGACGAUAAAUUUGUCCGCGGAAAAAUAUAAUAUUGUAUUGUUCUUUUACCGAAGAUAUACAAUUGCAAACAAUUGUAAAUACAUGUGUAACUACAUAUAUUUGUAUAUACGAUCAUUAAUUAACGAGACACGUUGGAUUCUACAUGAAAUGAACUUUUAGAAAUCAAUGUUGAAUAUUGUUACAGAUUUGUGCCUUGAAUUAAGAAGAUCUGUGAGUUUUAUUGAUCAAGAAUUUUACAUAAGUGUUUUAGCACAUAUAUUGUACCUUGAAUGAUGCAAGAUGUAAUUUGAGAGUUUGUGGCACACGAUGCUCUGCUUGCUUUGUGCUAGAUCGCACGCAAGUGUCACGACGAUUUAGCAAUUCUUGGUAUUUUUAAAUUAUUAUCGGUUGAUUUCAAUGCUUGUAUGCGAUGUGGCACGAAGAAAAGCAAUGACCGCAGCAGAAUUCGUUUGUGCUUAUUGUCUGUCGUGAUCGCGGUCUGUUUUUCUAAAUUUAUUGCAAAUGUAAAAGCACAUGACGCGAGUGCUCACAAAGCGCUUGUUGAGUGCUCGGUUAUUGUUGAGCGCGAUCGUUGUGUGCCGUUAGUAAUCGCGAUUACAAAUAGUUGUAAUUAUAAUUGCAAUAAUUUAAUUACAUUUUAGUCGAUUAACUCUCUGAUUGUAUCUUUUUAUCGUAAUAAUUUAGCAAAUAACACUAGCAAAUUUCCUAAAAUCUCUUUCAUUUGAGGCAUAAUAGUAACUUUUUUUAAAUUUCAUUUUGUUUAUAUACGUAAACUACAGCACAACAUUUCGCAGGCGCAAUUGUUUUGAAAGAAAUACAUUUAUAUUAUUAUAUAAACUUUUCAAACUUUCGCAAUUUUUUAUCAUUUUUUUUUUUUUUUUUGCAAAAUAUUAACAUUGUACGACAUAAAAACGCGUAACUACAUUGAUAUCUUUUAUAAAUAAUGUUUACACAUAUAUUUGAUCUCUUAACGCAUAAUCGUUGUCUCGUGAUAUAACAAAAAUGAGCAUAAUGUAAUAACAAUAAAUAGCAAAUUUUGUUUUCUGCGCUUGUGUUAAACAAGUUUAUACUGACGCUUGUGUGUGUUACAUCUGCUAUAAUUUCUCUAUAAUUUCUAAAACAAGUACAAAAUAUAGUGUGAUAUUUAGGCACAGGUGAUAUAUACCUCGGAAUACACUUUACACAACGAAUAUACGAGUGUCAUUCAAAUAUUCCCGAGUAUGACAUUUAUAUGUUACUGAUUUCUCAUAAUUUUUUUUAGUGGAUACUCUUCUUGGCAAUUCACGAUUAAUAUUCUCAGAAAUUGAAUUGAUUUUUUAUUUA